AUGAACCCGCUGGAUGAAACAACCCUCCAGCCCCCCAGGACCACGUCUGCUAUCUUGCUGCUCUUUGCGAGAUGGCUGGCUUCCCGGGUCACUAAGAAAAUCCUUCUCAAAAGCUGGACAAGAGAGGGUGUGAUUUUCACGGCCACACAGUGGUCAUCAGUGAGCUUCGAAAUCGUGACUCUUUGGACGACCUCUGGCACUACGCGGCGAGGUUGUCCCGUCGUAAUCUUGGAAACAUGCUCCCGCUUGCAGAAGAUAAUCGCGCGCGUUUCUCGGAUUGAUGGAGAUCAGCCACGGCCACCUGGACGCCGUUAUUCCCGAUUCCUUCAGCCACACCAUUCGGCGUCGCUUUUCGGUUUUUCUAAGGCUACCUACGAUGUAACCAACUUCGGCCACACACGAGGAGGCCAGGUGGCAGGCCUCCUAGGAGUAUUUUCUGGGAGUGGUGUGCUGAGAUAG